AAUGAAAUCUGUGACGAAUGUGGAGUUAUUAGCCAUAGCUUGCUUAGGGUUGGCCAUACGAUCAAUAAUCUCGCUACAUUCCUAUUCUGGCUUUGGCGUAGCCCCAAUGUUUGGCGACUACGAAGCCCAACGCCAUUGGCAGGAGGUGACAGUUAAUUUAAAGGCUAGUGAGUGGUAUAAGAAUGGAACGAAUAACGACCUGUUGUACUGGGGCUUGGACUAUCCGCCCUUGACAGCAUACCACAGCUAUAUCAUGGGCCAAGUGGCGAGAAAAGUAAAUGAGAGCUUCGUCGAGUUAGGCACGAGUAAAGGCAUUGAAUCUGGGGAUCACAAAAGCUUUAUGCGUUUAACUGUUCUUGCUGCGGAUAUUUUGGUUUAUAUACCGGCUGUCCUUAGUAUGUGCAUAUGUUUGGAUCGUACCUUUCAAACAAAUAUAAAGCUUGAAUUGUUUAUAAUCUUUAUGUUGUGCCCUGCCCAGUUGUUGAUCGACAAUGGCCACUUUCAGUACAAUAACAUAUCACUUGGUCUGUGUAUAAUGGCUAUCGCAGCAAUCCUCCGCGACAGACACUAUCUGGCUGCAUUUGCCUUUACGCUAGCUUUAAACUACAAACAAAUGGAAUUGUACCAUGCCUUACCGUUCUUUGCAUACCUUCUGGGCCAAUGUUUGUCCCAAAAAAGCGUGUCAGCACUUGCAUCCAAGUUCAUAGCAAUAGCUACAACCGUGGUCGCAACGUUUAUCCUUUUGUGGUACCCCUGGCUACAUUCAUUGGGGUCCACUUCACAGGUACUGAAUCGACUGUUUCCAGUAAGCCGUGGUGUAUUCGAAGACAAAGUUGCGAAUUUUUGGUGCUCUCUUAACGUUGUUUUUAAGCUCAAGAACAAGUUACUAAAUCAUCAAAUGGCACUCAUUUGCAUGGGCGCCACUCUAUUUUUUGCUCUUCCUACUAAUGUCGUACUUCUGAAGUGCCGAAAUAAAAUGUCAUUCCUAUGGGCUCUUUUAAAUACCGCGGCCGCGUUCUACCUUUUUUCAUUUCAAGUGCACGAAAAGACUAUUUUGCUUGUAGUGUUGCCUGCUUGUUUAUUGUUCAAUUGGUGGCCACGGGAAAUGAUGUGGUUUUUGGAAACCGCCGUCUUCAGUAUGGUGCCGCUAUUCAAGAAAGACAAUUUAUUGCUACCAUCCAUAACAUUAGCAAUUAUUUUUUAUAUAGUCUACAAUAUUUUUUGGAAUGAAAAGGAUGAAGAUAGAAAUAUAGUGCAAACUCAUUCCAUCAAAAAUAUUUCAAACUUCUUAAUGGCAACUGUUGUGAUGGCCUCCGUUGUUCUGGCUGCUCCUUCAAAGUUUCCCGAUUUUUGGUCCCUUCUUAUAGCAGUUAUAAGUUGCGCACAUUUUAUGGCAGCACUUCUAUUUGGCAACAUUCAACAAAUCAUUGGGGCUUUUAAUUAACCAAUGUAGUAUAUGUUGUGUACAAUCAAUUAUAAAAAGAUGUAAAGCAAAUGGACAAAAAAAUAUGUUGAAAAUUUG